GAAUUAGUGGUGACUGAGAUCUGAUGAAGAAGAUGGGACACACUUUGUUCUCUGAGUUAUUCUUGCUGUGUUCUCUCCUCUACACCGGACGAGCUCAAGAUCAACCAAAGACCCAACUGAGAGCCGACGUCAGACUCAUCCCAGUUGGAGGCAGAGUGACUCUGAGCUGCUCAGUGAACCCGUCAUCAUCUGGUUGGAGAUACGACUGGUACAGAGACGAGGAAUCCUCUGAACCCCCGACCUCACCAGAUGCUGUUUUCCAGCCAGAUGGACAAAUCAGUGUCUCACAGGAAGGAAUCUACUGGUGCAGAGGAGGAAGAGGAGAACCAGUUUACUACACAACCUUCAGUGAUGCAGUCAACAUUUAUACAGCUCCAAACAGAGCAGCUGUGACUCUGCACCCCAACUGGCCUCAGAUAUACAGAGGAGAGAAGAUCACACUCCGAUGUGAAAUCCACGGGGGAGACACUGAGUGGGAGUAUGAAUGGACAACCAGCAGCUCAAACAAACCACCAAAUCUAAAUGAAUUCACUCUUGAUCCAGUUUAUUUAUCAAACACUGGACCCUACAAGUGUAAAGGCAGAAUGAAAAGUAAACAUCUUUCAACAGAUUGGAGUGAUUCCUUCAGUUUGACAAUUUUAGAAACAUCCAAACCUGUCCUCACUGUGUCUCCAUCAUGGCUGAGUCCUGGAGUCUCAGUGACUCUGAGCUGUGAGGUCAAACAUCCGUCUGCAGGAUGGAGCUUCUACUGGUAUAAAGCUCUUCCUCAACUACCAAAUCUGUCCUACAUCUAUGAGCUGCUACCUGGUAGCACCAGCGGGACUGCACAGGACUCCUACAUCAUUGAUGGACAGACACACACAGCAGGAUAUGCAUGUAGAGCUGGACGAGGAGACCCAGUGAUCUACACUCAUUACAGUCAGACUAAGAUGGUCUGGUCUGCAGAUCCUCAUCCUUCAGCGUCUCUCACAGUAAGUCCUGACAGAGUUCAACACUUCAGUUCUGACUCUUUCUCACUGACCUGUGAGGGAAACUGUACUGAGUGGAGAUGGCAGUAA